UCGAAUAUAUCGCUCCGCUGUCGUAUCAGUUAUUUUUUGAAACGAUCGAUUAGGCCGAGAAUGUCAGGAUGUAGAAUUCAACGGUGCAUCCUCGCGUACGUGGCUCUAGCCGAAAAGAUUCAUCGCAGGAUCACGCUGUGAUUGCCCCAAAUAAGUGUGAUAAUCGAGUAUCCAAGAUGGAAAUUGUUGGGGAUUACGAAUAUAAUACAAAAGAUUUAAUAGGCCACGGAGCAUUCGCUGUGGUAUUCAAAGGCAGACAUCGCAAGAAAUCCAAUUUCGUUGUGGCCAUCAAAAGCAUUACCAAGAAGAGUUUGGCCAAGUCACAGAAUCUUUUGGGCAAAGAGAUAAAAAUCUUGAAGGAGUUGACCGAACUGCAUCAUGAUAAUGUUGUCGCGUUGCUGGAUUGUAAGGAAUCAAAUCACAAUGUCUUUCUUGUUAUGGAGUAUUGCAAUGGCGGCGACUUAGCUGACUACUUGGGUGUGAAGGGUACGUUGUCCGAAGACACGAUCAGAGUAUUUUUGAAACAACUCGCCGGUGCUAUGAAGGCCUUAUAUGCUAAAGGAGUUGUGCAUCGUGAUCUGAAGCCACAAAAUAUAUUGCUGAGCCACUGCUGCGGGAAGGCAUGCCCUCAGCCUCAUCAAAUCACUCUUAAAAUUGCCGACUUUGGCUUUGCCCGGUUCUUACAAGAUGGAGUUAUGGCAGCAACGUUGUGCGGCUCUCCGAUGUACAUGGCUCCUGAAGUGAUAAUGUCGCUACAGUAUGACGCCAAGGCAGAUCUGUGGUCAUUAGGAACGAUUGUGUUCCAGUGUCUCACAGGCAAGGCUCCCUUUCAAGCUAACAGCCCUCAGGCCCUCAAACUAUUCUACGAGAAGAACGCCAACCUCGGUCCAAAAAUUCCGGCUGGUACAUCUACAGAGCUCUCAGAUCUUUUAAUCGGGUUAUUGCGGCGCAACGCGAGAGACCGGAUGCCUUUUGACGAGUUCUUCAACCAUCCAUUCUUGCAAGGACCCAGAGAUAGCGUCAGUCCCCUGCCUGCCGAUUUGCCAGCAUCUCCUAGUGGAUUAGUUACUGCAGAAACAGAGUCUGGGAGUCCUCGAUCAGCCCCAGAAGCGAGCAGUCCCUGUUCUAGCCCAGACGAUGACUUUGUUCUAGUACCAAGUGACCUAAGUAGCGAUACAGACAACAUCGCAGCGCAACCCAUAAAGUACGUAAAACAGAGUAGUCGCGAAGCGGUUAGUCCGCCACGUCCCAGUUUUCUUCCGAUUUCGGAACCGAUACCUGUCCCAUCCCAACGUAGCGUCAUGCAGCCUUCAUCGCCUUUAUCAAAUGGGACGAGAGUUGAGGGUGGUAGCGUGCCGAGGUCCCAGCCAAUCACCAUGAGACGUAGUAGCGAUGCCCGUCAUAGUUACGCUCCUGACAUCGGUUCGCUCAGUCCUCCCAGCGUCCAGUUUGUAAUUGGAACCCCACCUGGAAGAAGGCUGAGCGAGACACCUCCGCCACCGAGUACAUGGCAAGUAAGUCCUGUAGCCAGGCAUUCCUACUCUCACACGUCUACGGGUGGUUCACCGCUAAGGCGCUCAGGGGGGAACAAUGGCGGAUCCUCUCCGCUGCUCACCGGACCGCUGGCGGUUCUUGGAUCACCGACAGCUCGAGCCCUGCAGGACAACAACAACACGCUCAGACACUCUCCGGUGAUACCUUUCGGAACGCGGGCCGUUACGCUACCUGAGAUCUCUGAAGCUGGUAGUUUUCAAAAUCUCUUCUCCGAAACAAACCACGGAUCUGCGGACGACCGUCCGCUAACCUUUCUUGCUCCUGAACUCCCCGAGGAGACGCUUUUAGAAAGAGAGCACAACGAAAUAUUGGCAAAAUUGAAUUUCGUAAUUGCCUUGUGUGAGUGCGUUUGCGAAGUCGCGCGGAGCCGCGCCGGUCCCCUCGGUACCCCCCUUGGGGCCAUGGAGCAGGCGAGUAAUGCCGUCACCAGGCGUCGCGCAGAGCAAGUCGUCCUUCUUGUGAGGGCACUCCAGUUACUCAGUUCAGGCCUCGGUCUGGCUACGCAACAACUCAAAGGUGGCAGAUUGCAACCAACUGCGAGUGUCAAGGAAGUGGUCAGUGUGAUGAAUGACAAGUUCCGAUCGUGUCUUGCCGAGUGCAAACAACUGAACAGUGCCGGUCUUCUGAGGCAGGCUGGUGCCACUGCAGAUAAAAUUCUCUAUAAUCAUGCAAUUCAAAUGUGUCAAUCGGCUGCCCUGGAUGAGUUGUUCGGAAAUCCGGCGGAAUGCUUUCAAAGAUAUCAUACUGCUCAAAUAUUGUUGCACUCUUUGUCUCAACACGUUAGUCACAGUCAAGACAGAGCUCUUCUCACCAAGUAUAAGGACGCGGUUGAGAAACGACUGUACGUGCUGCAGCAGCAGGGUUAUAUCUACGCAACUGAGCCAACGUAACAUAAAAUAAUUUGGCCGUCGAAAUACAAAUUCUCGCCCAACUUCUAUCGUGUCCUCAACUUUUUGCCUGAAUAACAAACCGAGAGGCAAGAACCAGUUCACGGUUAAUCAUCGAUGAUUAUGAUUCGACGACCCCACAAUUUUUUGGAAGAUGUGUAUAGAUCCUCAGUUAUUGUUGCUCGUCGUUGGAUGUCGGUGAAGUGCAAUAUGCAUACAUACAGCAACAUAGGCAGACGUCAGCGUUCAUCUUGUCUGAUAGUAGGUAUAAGUACAAGUAUAUUGCACAGGUAUGCGUAUUGCAGUUUAUUCGUAAAUGGCCAAAUCAUUUUUCUUUCAUAUCAAGUAAUAAAGAGCUAUACUACCA